AUGAUCAUGUCACGAGAAAAAAGCUCGAAAUUGAAUUCAUUCUUGGUGUUUGAUAGCAGUAGUAGAGACAAUAGAGAUAGUAGCAUCAAUAGCAUCAGUAGCAAUGCUAGAAAUCCCAUGCAUACCGCCGUUCAAUCUAAAUCCCUCGGACGAGCCUCUCAACAGAACAGAUAUGGCGAUGUGUUCAUUAGGCACCUGCCGGUCUAUGUAUGCGAGUUAUCAUCCUCUUCCGCUGGCCUUCGGGCGAUUCUUGUUUUGGAGGUUGCGCCUCUGGAGGAGGAAAAAAAAGAAACUAAGAAGAAGGAGAAGAAGAAUAAGGAGAAGAAGGAGAAGAAGAAGAAGAAGAAGAAGAAGAAGAAGAAGAAGAAGAAGAAGAAGAAGAAGGAGUAGAAGAAGAAGGAGUAGAAGAAGAAGAAGAAGAAGAAGAAGAAGGAGGAGGAGGAGGAGGAGGAGGAGGAGGAGGUAAAGGGUAAAGGGCGACAAGAAAUCUGGUAGUAGUUCCGAUGGCGGUCAGUAUCGCCUUUAUUUCAUUUCUUUAUGGCAUUUACCGUGAUACUAAUUCCAGUGCGUAUACUUAGUCACCAAGCGCCAGCCCGAGGACGCUCAGGAGGAGCUCAGACAUUGUGCCGUGCCGGCGUCUCUCACGCCGCCAUCCACAUCAUGCCCGCCAUGGGUCCUGCUGCCGUCCUCGCGCCCCCGGUCCCUCCGGUAUCUGCUUCUGGGGAGG